AUGGAACAGCCUAGCCGUCAGUGCUCCCAGCCGACCUCCGGCUCCCUGACCUCCCCGCAGACUAAUCAUUCUACCUUCUCGAAUUCCAACUGUACCCCUCCGGGGCCAUACCAGGACUCGAUUGCACUCCCUUGGAAGGUGGUCCUGGCCACAUUCCUCGCACUUAUCACCUUGGCCACCACGCUCUCCAAUGCGUUUGUGAUCGCCACGGUCUCUCGGACUAGGAAGCUGCACACUCCUGCCAACUACCUGAUCGCCUCCCUGGCAGUGACUGACUUGCUUGUGUCUAUCCUGGUGAUGCCCAUCAGCACCAUGUACACGGUCACCGGUAGGUGGACGCUGGGACAGAUUGUCUGCGAUUUUUGGCUGUCCUCGGACAUUACCUGUUGCACAGCUUCCAUCCUGCAUCUCUGUGCCAUCGCUCUGGACCGUUACUGGGCCAUUACAGACGCGGUGGAGUAUUCUGCUAAAAGGACUCCCAAGCGAGCAGCGGGGAUGAUUGCCAUGGUGUGGGUCUUCUCCGUGUCCAUCUCCAUGCCCCCACUCUUCUGGCGCCAGGCCAAGGCUGAGGAGGUAGCAGACUGCUUAGUGAAUACAGACCAUAUCCUUUACACCGUCUACUCCACUGUGGGCGCCUUCUACUUCCCCACACUGCUGCUUAUUGCCCUCUAUGGCCGUAUCUAUGUGGAAGCUCGUUCUCGGAUUUUGAAACAGACGCCCAACAGGACGGGCAAACGUCUGACCCGGGCCCAACUGAUCACUGACUCCCCGGGGUCCUCUUCCUCUGCCACUUCCAUUAACUCUCGAGCCCCCGAGGGAUCCAGUGAAUCGGGGUCCCCAGUGUACGUGAACCAAGUAAAGGUGAAAGUCUCUGAUACUUUCCUGGAAAAGAAGAAGCUCAUGGCCGCUAGGGAGCGAAAAGCCACCAAAACGCUUGGGAUAAUUUUGGGAGCCUUCAUCGUCUGUUGGCUGCCUUUCUUUAUCAUCUCCCUGGCUUUGCCUAUCUGCGAUGACGCCUGCUGGUUCCACCUGGCCAUCUUUGACUUCUUUACUUGGCUAGGAUAUCUCAACUCCCUCAUUAACCCCAUCAUCUAUACCAUGUCCAAUGACGACUUCAAACAAGCUUUUCAUAAACUGAUUCGGUUCAGGCGCACGAGCUGAAUCUUGAAGUGGCAGAGCGUUCACCAAGGCGCCUCUGGGGAACGUGCUUGUCUUGUGUCUGAUUCCACAGGUAAGGUGGACUCUUCUUAUGCUGGUG